AUGUCGGCAACAACCUCGGUGAGAGUCUCUGCUUCUUCCCUAUCAUCCCUCUGGCAACCUCAUGUGUUUUUAUAUGAGACUUGGAGACUGCUUCAAUCUUUGGGUCCCCAAAUGAAAGGUCUGGGGCUUGGACCAAUUCCAGGUCUCUCAUGUUUCAGAGUGGGAACCAUGUUGCUCUGGGGGGUGAUUUUUCUCCCAAGUAUAUACAUGGAUUUAGUACAUUAUUCUUCCUAUGAAACGGUCAUUCCUGACACUCUGACAAUUGAUGAAAGUGAAAAAACAAGGGAAAAACCAGGGGGAAAGCCCUCAUAUGUACUAUUUAUACAAGGCCAGAAGCACCUGAUUCACCUAAAUGUGAAGAGAGAUUAUUUCGUGAAUGACUUUCCAGUCUACAGCUAUCACGAUGGGGUGCUAGAGCAAGAAAUGCUUUUCAUUCCACACGACUGCCACUAUGAAGGCUACAUAGAAGGGGUGCCAGGCUCUUUCGUGUCUAUCAACACCUGUUCAGGCCUCAGGGGCAUUCUGGUAAAGGGGGAGACAACCUAUAGCAUUGAGCCCUUACGUUCUUCCAAACAAUUUGAACAUGUGUUGUACACCAUGGCACAUGGAACUCGAGUCUCCUGUGGUGCCACUUCUAAAGGCGGCCAAGGAGUGUCUACCAGUCAGCAACUAGGUGGCAAGAGGCUUCCUAACUCACAGGCGCUGACCUAUUUGUGGUCACACAUCAAGUAUGUGGAGAUGUUUGUUGUGGUCGACAACCAGAGGUUCCAGAUGUGGGGCAGGAACAUCAAUGAGACAGUUCAGAGAGUCAUGGACAUCAUUGCUCUGGUCAACAGUUUCACUAGGGGAAUAAACACAGAGGUGGUGCUGGCUGGAAUGGAGAUUUGGACUGAGAGGAACCUGGUAGAGGUUGCUGAAGACUUACAAGUCACACUCAGGAACUUCAACAGCUGGAGACAAGAGGAGCUCGUCCAUCGUGUGAGGCAUGAUGUUGCCCACAUGAUUGUUGGGCAUCACCCUGGAGAGAAUAUGGGCCAGGCAUUUCUCAACGGGGCCUGCUCAGGUGGGUUUGCGGCAGCUGUGGAAUCCUUCCAUCAUGAAGACGUCCUCCUGUUUGCAGCACUCAUGGUGCAUGAGCUUGGGCAUAACCUUGGCAUUCAGCAUGACCACUCAGCCUGUGCUUGUAAAGGUCAACCCUUUUGCCUCAUGGGUGAAAAUGUCACUAAAGAAAGCAGCUUCAGCAACUGCAGCUCUGACUACUUCUACCACUUUCUUCGUGAACACCGAGGGGCCUGCCUGUUUAACAAGCCGUGGCAUAGAAGUCGUGUGCGCAGGACCGGAAAUUGUGGCAAUGGAGUGGUAGAAGACUCAGAGCAGUGUGACUGUGGCACUGCCUGUUCUUUCAGCAAAUGCUGUGACUCACAAUGUAAACUGAAGGGGGGGGCCUUGUGUGACCUUGGACCUUGCUGUGUUGAUUGUAAAGCUGCACCUUCUGGACAGGUUUGUCGUAAACCUGCAGGACCAUGUGACCUUCCAGAAUACUGUGAUGGUGUGUCUCCAGUAUGUCCUGAAGACAGAUAUAAACAAGAUGGAACUCUGUGUCAUAAACAAUAUGGAUGUAAGAAUGCUAAAUGCAUGGACGCUGAUACACAAUGUUUGUCCAGUUUUGGGUACCCUGCAAAAUCUGCCCCAAAAGAAUGUUAUGCAUUUUUUAACGGAAAAGGGGACAGGUUUGGAAACUGUGGCCGUCCCCAAAGUGGUCAGGGUCCAUAUACAAAGUGUUCGGAAGAAAACGUAUUAUGUGGGAAGCUUAUCUGUACAGGUAUAUCAAAUGUCCCAAUACUUGAAUCUCAACAUACAGCGGUCCAGAGUCCUAAUGAAAAUAACUGGUGCUGGAGCAUGGAUGCCCACACUGGCAAGGCUGACAUCCCUGACAAAGGAGAUGUGAGUCCUGACACUUACUGUUCCCCGACCCAAAGUUGUAAGGACUUUACAUGUAGUGAUUUAAACUUGCCAGGUUUUAACUGCAAUCAAGACACAACAUGUCAUGGCAAUGGGGUUUGUAAUGACUUAGGACACUGUCACUGCAGCAAGGGCUAUGGACCCCCUAAUUGCAGUGUUGUGGGAGAUGGGGGCAGCAUAGACAGUGGCCCUCCUGGUAAACCAGCUGGUCCACCCUCAGGAGGUGGAGAUGGUGCUUGGGAGCAUUAUAAGGAACAUAAUCCAGAAACUUGCCGGGAUGUAUUUAGCCUUGCUGAGUACCAUCGCAAGACAAUUUGA